AUGUCCACUGCGCUAAGGGGGGUCUCCUGUAUAGUACUUACCGUCCACCUGCCUCACAGACAGACAGACAGACAGGACAGAACAGAACUCAACUCAUGUCCAUUCCAAGUGAUGCUGUGUGUGGUGACAGACAGAGCUCUGAACGUCAUCUCAGACGGUGCAGAAGGUGGUCUCCUUGGACAGACAGUGAAGCAGCACAGAAUUUUUAUUUUCAAGAUGAAAAACUGACAAUUAUGUUAUCUUUUAGUUCUGAAUAUGUAAAUAAUUAUGCAUGUUAUUUUCUCUUUUUUGCUUCCUGGGCCCUGUUCUGUUCUCUAGUCCUCCCACCCCCAUUCCUCCCCCCUUAGUUCUGUUGACUCUAGUCCUCCCACCCCCAUUCCUCCCCCCUUAGUUCUGUUGACUCUAGUCCUCCCACCCCCAUUCCUCUCCACCUCAGUUCUGUUGACUCUAGUCCUCCCACCUCCAUUCCUCCCCCCUCAGUUCUGUUGACUCUAGUCCUCCCACCCCCAUUCCUCCCCCCUCAGUUCUAUUGAUUCUAGUCCUCCCACCCCAUUCCUCCCCUCCUCAGUUCUGUUGACUCUAGUCCUCACACCCCCAUUCCUCCCCACCUCAGUUCUGUUGACUAUAGUCCUCCCACCCCCAUUCCUCCCCACCUCAGUUCUGUUGACUCUAGUCCUCCCACCCCCAUUCCUCCCUCCUCAGUUCUGUUGACUCUAGUCCUCCCACCCCCUUCCUCCCCUCCUCAGUUAUGUUGACUCUAGUCCUCCCACCCCCAUUCCUCUCCACCUCAGUUAUGUUGACUCUAGUCCUCCCACCCCCAUUCCUCCCCUCCUCAGUUAUGUUGACUCUAGUCCUCCCACCCCCUUCCUCCCCUCCUCAGUUAUGUUGACUCUAGUCCUCCCACCCCCCAUUCCUCUCCACCUCAGUUAUGUUGACUCUAGUCCUCCCACCCCCCAUUCCUCUCCACCUCAGUUAUGUUGACUCUAGUCCUCCCACCCCCAUUCCUCCCCUCCUCAGUUCUGUUGACUCUAGUCCUCCCACCCCCUUCCUCCCCUCCUCAGUUAUGUUGACUCUAGUCCUCCCACCCCCAUUCCUCUCCACCUCAGUUAUGUUGACUCUAGUCCUCCCACCCCCAUUCCUCCCCUCCUCAGUUCUGUUGACUCUAGUCCUCCCACCCCCAUUCCUCCCUCCUCAGUUAUGUUGACUCUAGUCCUCCCACCCCCUUCCUCCCCUCCUCAGUUAUGUUGACUCUAGUCCUCCCACCCCCAUUCCUCUCCACCUCAGUUAUGUUGACUCUAGUCCUCCCACCCCCAUUCCUCCCCUCCUCAGUUAUGUUGACUCUAGUCCUACCACCCCCAUUCCUCCCUCCUCAGUUAUGUUGACUCUAGUCCUCCCACCCCCAUUCCUCCCUCCUCAGUUAUGUUGACUCUAGUCCUACCACCCCCCAUUCCUCCCUCCUCAGUUAUGUUGACUCUAGUCCUCCCACCCCCAUUCCUCCCUCCUCAGUUAUGUUGACUCUAGUCCUCCCACCCCCUUCCUCCCCUCCUCAGUUAUGUUGACUCUAGUCCUACCACCCCCAUUCCUCUCCACCUCAGUUAUGUUUACUCUAGUCCUCCCACCCCCAUUCCUCCCCACCUCAGGUUCCAAGGUGCCAAAUUAUUUGAAGCUAUUGAAUGGACUGUUUUAG